AUGCCGACAGAACUUGAAGAUCUGGUGGAGUUUCUUCACCACGGCAAUACGCAGAUUCGACAGAUUGCCUGUGAGAACUUGGUCGGAUUCUCCACGGCCCAGCCGAGCCUCUUUAAACGACACCAACUACUCCCCGUGCGAGACUUAAAGCUUCUGGCCAAAGACUACACGCCCAUUGCGAAGAAUGCAUUGACCAUCCUCAUCAACCUUUCCAGUGACGAGGAGGUGCUGGAGUGCCUGGCCAGCGAUGACGAGUUUCUAGAGAGCCUGCUGAAGAAGCUCAUCAAUGUGAAGGAGCCGAAUGCCGAUGAGUUUGCCAUGCUACUGGCCAAUCUCAUCAAGUCCGAUCACCUCAAGAAACUCCAGACGCUGAAACGCAAAGCCCCGGAGUCGGUCUCCACAUCCGAGAAUGCCAUCGACCAGCUGAUGGAUUGUUUCGUCAAGGGCGCCGAGGGUGGACUCAACAAACACGCCAACUUCGACUACCUGUCCUACCUCUUCGCCGACCUGUCACAGUCCGAGACGGGAAGGUCAUAUUUCACCACACGCCAGGAGUACGACGGGGUAGUCCCCAUCACCAAGCUGACCGUCUUCACGGAACACAAGAGCAACAUUCGGCGGAAGGGCGUCGCAUCGACCAUCAAGAAUGUAGCCUUCGACGUGGCUUCUCAUCCCAUGCUGUUCAGCGAAGAUGAAGCCAACCUGCUACCCUAUCUGCUGCUCCCAAUCGCGGGGCCCGAGGAAUUCCCGGAUGAUGAGAUGAUGUCGAUGCCGCCGGAUCUCCAAUUGUUGCCCCCCGACAAGCAGCGCGACAGCGACAACACGAUCAUCACCACCCAUCUGGAGACCUUGCUCCUCUUGACCACGACUCGGGAGGGCCGGGAGAAGAUCCGUGCCGCGCAGGUGUAUUCCUUUGUCCGGGAAUGUCACCUCCAUGUGGAGGAUGAGGAGGUGCGGGAGGCCUGCGACCGACUAGUGCAAGUGAUUAUGCGAGACGAGGAAGGCGAGAGCGAGCAGACUGAUGCCGAACUGGCAAAGGCCCAAAAGCAGAUCGAAGGGGCGCCGCCGGCGCAGGAUGAGGAUGAGAAGGUGGUGGAGCUGUUCUAA